AUGGAGAUGGAUGAUAGUAGUAGCCCUGAUGAGAAAGAGUUUCCUGGAUUAUAUGAGAAAAACUCUUCAAAAAAUAAAAAAGGUGGUGGCGAAGAGAAUGAAUCAAACUCGUCUGAAAACUUAACUUUAAAAAAAGGAUCAGAAAAGAAGGAUAAGAAAUCGAAAGAUAAAAAAGAUCGACAGUCAUAUGAAGCUUUAGGUGGAGAGAGCGAAGAGGAUGAACCUGAAUCAAGACUUUUCAGAAGUCCAUCAAAGUCGAAAAAAUCAAAAACUUUUAAAUUUCCUUCGAGCAAAAAAGAGAAACGUGAAAAAUCACAAGAACCAUCAAAAGAUACAGCUGAUGGGACAAAAGAUAAGAAAUCUAAAGAUGAUCCUAAAAGUGAAAAGAAAAAAUUAAAAAAAGAUAAAAAAUCGAAGUCAAAUGUGUUGCCUUCCGGUGAAACUGUUUUCGAACUUGGAGAUAUUCAACCAAUUUUUGGAGUAUCUCUAGGCUUAGCUGUAGAACGUUCGCGAUGUCAUGACAAUGUGAAGAUUCCUCUCGUUGUUCGUAAUUGUAUUGAUUAUUUGCAAGAGCAUGGAUUGCAAUCAGAACAAAUUUAUAAAACUGAAGGAAUCAAAACUCGUUUGAUGCAUUUGAGAAAGUGCUACAACAAUCGUGAAUCUCAAGACGAAGAACUUGAUGUUCCAACUGCUUGUAGUUUAUUGAAAGCUUAUUUGCAAGAUUUGCCUGAACCGAUCUUGACAACUGAACUCAUAACACGUUUUGAAGAAGCUUCUUCACUCCCAGAUGUAUCAAAACAAGCUGUUGAAUUGGAAUCUCUCAUUGAGCAGCUUCCAAAAUGCAAUCAAAUUCUCCUUGCAUGGCUUUCACGUCACUUCUCUUGUGUCAUUGAUCAUGAAAAACAUAAUAAGUUAAAUGCUCAAAGUCUUGCUGUUCUUUUAUCGCCAGUUCUUCAAAUGUCUCAUCGAUUGAUGAUUACAAUACUUUGUCAUGCUGAAACUCUUUUUGCUGAUGUCGAACUUCAUAAGUAUGUUCCACCAAUUACGAGCACAAGCCCAAAUUUACUGGAAACACCUGAAGAAAUAUCGAUGGAGUUACGAAAACAGGAAAGUUUGUUGUCUCAAAUUCACUCCGAAAUGAAUGCUGGGUUUGUGACUAAGAGACGAGAAGAAGAAUUAUGGGAAACUCAACGAAUCAUUACACAAUUGAAGCGCAAGCUUCGAACAUUUGAGAAACGUCACGAUUCAAUGCAAAAAAGUAUGGACACUGAAGCUGUGGAAGAAGCAAUUGAUUUCACUUUGCAGACAACUGAAACAGUAGCACCUACCGAGACAAAAAUUCCUCAAGAUAUUCCUGAGACCAUUCCAGAACAGAACAGUCAACCUUCAAAUAAUGAAACAGCUGUCGACAUUAAUAAAGUUUAUGUUGCUGAAAAUGGCUUCAUGACGCUUCACAAAGAUCAUCCUGAAUAUUUGAAUCUCAUUCGACUUCAACUCGAGAAUCAAGAACUAAUGAAUUGGAAACAACAACUGCAAGCACGAAUAAGUGUUGAACGUGCUGAAUGUGUUCGUUUAAAACGUCUCAUAAAUUCAGAGGAACCUCAAAAUGAAGUCGUGACUUCUGUCAAUGUUGAUGAUCCCGAAUAUGGAAGAUUAGUGGAACAGUACAUGAAAGAAAACUCUCUUCUAGAACAGAAGCGCAUUCUAUUAUCAAAAGAAAUAUUUGACGAGAAUAUUUCAUUAAUUCAACUUCAAGUUGACUUAGCGAUGAAACAAUUUAUUCACUAGCUUUCGUUUAAUUUUUGAAUAUAUUUUUAAAAUGAAUAAAAUUUUAUGUUUAAAUAAAAACGUUUCUGAAGAAAUCUACAA